ACCCAACCUGGAAACAGAAGAAUAACCUCUAUCUUAACCCCACAAAUAUUAUUUAAAAAGAAAAAUAUUAAUAAAAACUUAAAAAAAGCCUAUAGAAUUAAUUUAAUAAUUUUCAAAUCAACGCAAUUAAAUGACAACUACAUCAAGUAAACCCAAACAAAUGAGAACUUUAACCUUGUCACUGUCAUGAAGAAUAAAAAAUAAUUUAUUCGCAAAUUUCUACCUGUAAUAGAAAAUAAUUCGCAUAGAAUCAAUGGCAAAUCAUAUUAUGAGAUCAAUAAUAGCGCGACACCUAAUAAACCAGGUAAAAGACGCACCGAAAGUGAUGCAUAACCUCAAAAUUCGCUAUCAAAGCAUUCAAGCGACAAAAUUAGUAUUUUCUGAGUAUGGAGAGCCAGAAAAGGUGGUAAAACAAGAAAAAGAAAAUUUAGAACAAUUAAAACCACAUGAAGUAAUAGUAAAAAUGCUCGCAGCUCCCGUAAACCCCGCCGAUAUCAAUACAAUCCAAGGAACGUACCCAACGAAACCGAAUUUACCAGCCGUUGGAGGUAACGAAGGUGUAGGUGAAGUUGUUAGUGUUGGGGAAGAAGUGAAAGAUUUCGAAAAGGGUGAUAGAGUCGUCCCAUUAAAAAAUUCGUUAGGAACAUGGAGAACUUACGCUAUUUUAUCCCAAAAUGAAUUAUUUAAAAUCCCGAAAGAUGUGGGAUUAGUCGAGGCUGCCACCUUUACAGUCAAUCCAGCGACAGCUUAUCGAAUGCUGAAAGAUUUUGUUGAAUUACAAGAAGGAGACGUUGUAAUUCAAAAUGGGGCUAACUCCGCUUGCGGGCAAUAUGUAAUCCAACUAUGCAAAGCGUGGGGCUUACAAAGCGUUAAUAUAAUCCGUGAUCGCCCUAAUUUAACAGAACUCCAAAGUUAUCUUAAAGCCCUCGGUGCUAAUUACGUUUUAACCGAGGAAGAACUCCGUAAAACUGAAAUAUUCAAAAACAAAACGAUUCAAAAACCGAAAUUAGCGUUAAAUUGUGUUGGGGGUAAAUCAGCGACUGAAUUAAUGCGUCAAUUGUGUAAUGGGGGCACGAUUGUUACUUACGGAGGGAUGGCUAGAGAGCCGGUCACUGUGGCUAUUUCGGCACUCAUUUUUAAAGAUGUAAACGUCCGUGGUUUCUGGAUGACGAGAUGGUCGAAUCAAAAUUUUGAUUCAGAGCAACGCUAUGAAAUGUUCGAGGAGAUUUUGACUUUGAUGCAAGAGGGGAAAUUAAAGGGGCCUAGUUAUGAGAUGGUUUCGUUCGCUAAUUAUAUGGAGGCGCUUAAAAAUACACUUAAUCCGAAAGGGAUGGUUGGGAAGAAAUAUAUUUUAAGUUUUGAUGAGUGAUUAAUUUAAAAAAUAAUUGUAAUAAUUGAGGUUAUGUUAUGAUUUGGUUGUCAAUAAAUUGUGUUGCCAACUUA